GGAGCCCAUGAUUUCCUGGAAGAGCCCGAGAGUUUGGCUUUUUUUUCUCCUGCAGCACUUAACAGAAACCAGUUUCACAAUCAAUUCCUGUUCAAAGGUCACCCUACUCUUCCUAUCUGUCUUUCUCCAGCCCAGACGCUCACAGCCUCCUGCAGGACCAGGGGGCCUCGGAGAGUCAAGGACAGAGGUUCAGGAUCUUCCUCUCCCUCGGGACCCGAGGCCACAAAGGAGAGCUCCGUGGAGAGAAGAAAAUCAUUUGACUCCUGGGGACACAGAUUUGGUGCCACAGAUGCUGCUGGACAACCAGGCAGAGGAAGAAAGUGAGGCUGGUGUUGGUUUGGAAAGGGAUGAGGAAGAUGUUCCUCUGUGUGAAGACGUGGAGCUACAAGACAGAGAUCUGUCCCCCAAAGAAAAAAGAUUUUUGAGAGAAUUUCCCAGAUUGAAAGAAGAUCUAAAAGGGAACAUUGACAAGCUCCGUGCCCUUGCAGAGGAUAUUGACAACACUCACAAGAAAUUCACCAAGGCUAACAUAGUGAUCAACUCUACUGCUGUCAUCUCUGACGCGAUGAGCCUCCUGGGUUUAGCCUGUGCCCCAGUAACAGGAGGAGCGAGCCUACUGCUCUCCGGCGCUGGUCAAGUUUUGGCAGCAGCAGCUGGGGUCACCAGCAUUGUGAGUGGUAUGUUGGAAAAAUCCGAAAAUAAAAAAGCCCAAGCACAGGCUGAAGACAUACUGCCCACCCAUGACCAAGAGGACAGAGAGGAGGAGGUAAACAGGGCAGACUAUGCCACAGCUGCUGUAAAGAUUGCCUAUAAUGGUGUAAACGUCUUGAAGGAUGCCAAGAAAAACAUCCGUGCAUUUCAGAAAUUCAGAGCUGACCCACACUUGGCCAGUGCUAGCAAGCGUCUUCUGACCACUGGCCAAGUCUCCUCCCGGAGCAGCAGGCAGAUACAAAAGGCCUUUGGGGGAACAACACUGGCGAUGACCAAGAAUGCUCGCCUGCGGGGAGGUGUGAUGUCCGUCAUCUCCCUUGGCCUUGACUGCCACGCUCUCUCAAAGGGAUGGAAGCACCUGAAGGAAGGAGCAAGGACAACGUUUGCGGAAGAGUUGAGAGACAAGGCCUCGGAGCUGGAGAGGAAACUCUCAGAACUCACCCAGUACUACGAGAGCUUGCAACAGAAAGUAAGGUCAAGGGCCAGAGGGGUAGGGAAGGAUUUAACUGGGACCUGUGAAACCAAGUCUUACUGGAAGGGGUUAAGGGAGCAUGUGUGGGUGUGGGUGUGGGUGUGGGUGUGUGUGUGUCUGUGUGUAUGUAAAGUUUACAUGAAUGUUUCUUAGGACAUGGCAUACAAUGGCCUUGGAGGUCCAAAUAAUAUCGAGUACAUCUUGGAGAUGAGGGUGCCUGUCCUGGACAGACCUAGGCAUGCCUUCUGUUUAUCCCUCAAUGCUCCUUAAGGCCUAUUGCUGGGAAAAGGGUCUCCCCUGUUUGUUUGUUUGUUUUGAGACAGGGUCUCUGUUGCCCAGGCUGGAGUGCAGUGGCAUGAUCUCGGCUCACUGCAACCUCUGCCUCCUGAGUGCAAGCAAUUCUCCUGCCUCAGCCUCCCAAGUAGCUGGGAUUCCAGGCAUACACCAUCACGCUCAGCUGAUUUGGGUAUUUUUAGUAGAGACAGGGUUUCACCAUUUUGGCCAGGCUGGUCUCGAAUUCCUGACCUCAAGUGAUCCAGGCACCUUGGCCUCCCAAAGUGCUGGGGUUAUAGGUUUGAGCCACCAUGCCCAGCCGGGUCUUCCCAGUUUUAACAAAGAGGUCACUGAGCCACAGGGAGAGUUAGGAACUAAAUUGUCUCCUCCUCCAAAUUCAUAUGUUGAAGUCCUAAACCAAAAUGUGGCUGUAUUUAGAGAUGGACCCUUUGGGAGGUAAUUAGGGUUGAAUGAGGCCAUAGGGUGAGGUUCUUGCCCAAUGGAAUUGACCUCCUUAUAAGAGGAGGAGGAAAUACAAGAGGACCUCCCCACCCCUGCUGCACACCUGCACUGAAGGAAGGCUAUUUGUAGACACAGCAAGAAGGCAGCCACCUGCAAGGCAGAAGAAGAGAGCCCUCACCAGGAACUGAAUGAAUCAGCAGCUCAGUCUGGGACUUUAGCCUCUGGAACUGUGAAACAAUACAUUUCUGUGGUGUAAGCAACUCAAUCUAUAGUAGUUUGUUACUAUUUUGUUAUAGUAACUGAAGAUGACUAAGCCAAGGAGGUUAUGUCACUCACCAAGUGUCUUAGUCUGUUUGUGCUGCUUUAACAAAAUACCUUAGACGGGGUAAUUUACAAACAACAGAGAUAUAUCCAGAAAUCCACAGUUCUGGAGGCUAGGAAGUCCAAAAUCAAGGCACCAGCAGAUUCCAUAUCUGGUGAAGGUUCACUCUGCUUCACAGAUGGCACCGUCUUGCUGUGUCCUCAUAUGGCAGAAGGGGCAAACAAGCCCCCCUGGGUCUCUUUUAUAAAGGCACUAAUUCCAUGCCUAAAGGCAGGGCCCUCAUGACUCUAUCACCUACCAAAAGGCUCCACUUCUUUAUACUAUUGGAGGGGCAGAAGGAACUUCCUUUCUAGACCUUGAAGGUUUAAGAAUUUGAAUCUAUAAAACAAGCUGACAAUAGACAGGUUAACAGGAGAAAAGGCAUAUACAUUUUUUAAUGUGGGCCAGAUGGCGGAAGCUUAAAUAGCACCCCAAGCUACAGGAAGUGGGGCCUCUGAUGGGGAGGUAGAGACACAGGCCAUGGGAGGGGGUAGGGGCAGGAAGUGUAUGGUGAGCAAAGUUUGCCUUAUUACACUGAGAAAGGUAGAUCACCUGAGGUCAGGACUUUGAGACCAGCCUGGCCAACAUGGCAAUACCUUGUCUCUACUAUAAAUACAAAAAUUAGCCAGAUGUAGUGGCAGGGUACUUGUAAUCCCAUCUACUCGGGAGGCUGAGGCAGGAAAAUUGCUUGAACGCAGGCUGUAG